AUGCCCACUACGCCAGGGGGGGUGUGGUCAUCACUCAAAGCAUCGGAGGAAGUUGAACGGAUUUCGGACGUAGUUGAUAAAACACAGUGGCUUUCCGCUACUAAAUUGAAUUGUCCUACAACAGCAAAGGUUACUACGGAGAUGCCAUUGCACGAUGUCAUUCAUUUCGCCUGUCAUGGUGACUCCGACGACAACAGCCCAUCGAAUAGCGCCCUGAUUCUUCAAAAAAAUGAGGAAGAAAUCGAUAGGUUAACGGUUGAACAGAUGUCCCAUAUGAAUCUCAGGGACGCACAGAUAGCCUACUUAUCUGCCUGUAGCACAGCUGAAAACUCCUCGAAGCUUGCAUUGGCAGACGAAUCACUCUUCAUUGCCAGCGCCUUUCAACUGGCAGGGUUCAACCAUGUACUUGCCACGCGAUGGGCCUCAUUUGAUGAUGCUUGCCUAAUUGUGGCAACAGAGUUCUACAAGUUGCUUUUCGAAGGGGGGCCUCACGGAAAUGAGCGUGAAGGGGGGCAUCGAAGAGUAAGCCUUGUAUUUCACAAAGCUGUUCUAAGACUACGUGAAAUGUACCGAGCACAGCCAAUCAAGUGGGCUUCUUUCAUCCAUACUGGCGCCUGA